CUGCAGUACAAGUCUAUAAGAUACAAAGACACUAGUUUGAGUAGUUGUAUCAUACAAUGCCUAUUGCAACGUCAUAGAAACAGAAAAGUUCACAAGCUCAGUCAGAUACAGUCAUUCAUACAGAUCCUCCUUUUAAGGAAGUUCCCUGUCUGCAGCUACAGCCUCUGCCUCAGUUUCUGUGUAACUGAUUGCUGUUUUUCAGUUUAAAUUGAGAGAUGGAACCACAACAAGAAAUGGAGUGGAAUGAGGCCCAAAAGAUUCCAAUAAGCGUGGACCUUGAGGUUGUAGCAAAAAAACAGCUUCAGUUCCUUGCAACUGUUGAUAAGAACCGUCACCUCUAUGACGGUCCUGCCCUUGACAGAGCUAUCUAUAGGUACAAUGCUUGUUGGAUUCCCUUGCUUGCCAAGCAUUCCGAGUCUCCGAUUUUUGAAGGGCCAUUGGUAGUUCCUCUUGACUGUGAAUGGAUUUGGCACUGUCACAGGCUCAACCCGGUAAGGUACAAAACUGACUGUGAGGAACUUUAUGGACGGGUACUUGACAACUUUGGUGUUGCCACUACUGUUGAAGGAAUUUGUGGCUGGCAAACUGAAGAAAUCUGGAAUAAAUUGUAUCCUGAUGAGCCCUACAAUGCUGAUUUGGUUAAUCUUCUCCCAGAGGAUAUCUCUAAAAGGAUUUCUAAGCUUGAAAAAUACACCAAGUAUGAUUUGAUUUCAGCUGCUAAGAGGCAGAGUCCAUUCUUUUACCAGGUAUCAAGAACGCACAUGAAAAAUGAUCUCUUUAUCAAGGAAGCUGUGGCCAGAUACAAAGGGUUUCUGCAUCUCAUCAAGAGAAACAAGGAAAAGGGUAUAAAACGCUUUUGUGUUCCAACAUAUGAUAUUGACCUAAUCUGGCAUUCUCACCAGUUACAUCCAGUUGCUUAUUGUAAAGACCUCAAUGAAGCACUUGGAAAAGUAUUGGAGCAUGAUGAUACAGACUCAGAUAGAACUAAAGGAAAGAAACUGGAUCUUGGUUUUUCUGGAACCACCAGACAGUGGGAAGUCACAUUUGGUACAAGAUAUUGGAAGGCUGGAGCAAUGUAUAGGGGUAAUGCACCGUCUCCUAUCACAAGUAACCCUUUUCCAUCUAGCAUUACUUGCAAGAAGGUUGUUUCAUCAAAUGAGUACCCACAAGAAAUUUCGCUACCAGAUCGGAAAGUUAUGGAGGUUCUCUUGGAGUUCAUUGGGGUUAAAAACUUACCAGAGGGACAGGAAGGAGAUCUCUGUGUUUUAUUUUCCAAAUCACAGCCUGAUGCAUUUUUUGAUGCUAAAAGGAGACUGAGUAUUUUAUCAGUGUCUAGAGAGAAACAGGUUGCAUCUUUCCGGUGUGAACCAACAGGAGAGCUGCUUUUUGAACUCAUGUCCUCUUCUUCUUCCAAGUUAUCAAUAAGAAAAUCAACAAAGACACUUGGUUCUGCAUCUUUCUCUAUGAAAGACUAUCUUGACCCAGUUUCAAAACUCUAUGUUGAGAAAUGGUUGGAGUUGGUGCCGGGUUCUGGUACUAUGAGCUCAAAGCCAAUCUUGUUACGAGUAGCCAUCUCAUUUACUGUCCCAGUUCUUGCCCCAUAUACACUUGAAAUGACUCAGUCUCGUCCAUUUUCCAAAAAUACAUGUCUCUUCAACCUUCCUGUUAGGCCUCAACAUGCUAAAAGCUGGACACAUGUAACAGAUGAAAAUGGCACCAGAAUCAUCAGCCUUCAAAUGAGGGAUUUGAAGAAUGCAAAGAACAUAGGAAAUCCUGGAAAGGAGGUUGUUGGCCUCAUGAAAUCUGGUGAAACUCGCACUCUUGCUGAGUUUAUGGAAAAUGGAUGGUCUAUUUUGGAGAAUCUUUGGUUGUUUCACCUUCCAAACAAAUCUACAAAUGAUGGUCAUCUCUUUGAGCUUACUGGUGCCAACAAAAGGGUGAGAAUUUUCCCCGGAAGAAAGCUAGACUAUGAACUGAGACACAAUGGGAAACGGGGAAAUGAAAUGGAUUUCCUAACAGCUGUUGAAUUCUCCAUAGAAGAACCCUAUGGCAAAGCAGUGGCAUUGCUUGACUUGAGAUCUAGACAUGUCACGGCAAAGGAGAAGUGGAUGGUGCUUCCUGGAAUCAUUUUGACUUUUAUUGCUUCCAAUAUAAUGAAAAAAGAAGGAUAUGAAGGCAUCAUUGCUAAAAGUAAAGAUUUGAAGGUGAAUGGCCCAAAUGAGGAAAAUGAAAAGACAGUCUUGAAUGGAACGGGGUUGAGUUCUACUAAUAUGUGCAAUGAAGAUGAGGGGAUAACAUACAAAUCUGAAAUUUCCAUUGGAGGCUGUGGAAAUGCAGUGGAAAGUGGUGGCUGUGGUGCUGGUUGUGGUGGAGGCUGUGGAAAUUUGAUUAAGAGUGGUGGCUGCGGCGGUUGUGGUGCUGGUUGUGGUGGAGGCUGUGGAAAUUUGAUUAAGAGUGGUGGCUGUGGCGGUUGUGGUGCUGGUUGUGGUGGUUGUGGUGGAGGCUGUGGAGGAGGGUGUGGAUCUAUGUUGAAGAGUGGUGGUUGCGGUGGUUGUGGAGGUGGUUGUGGAGGCUGUGGAGGAGGGUGUGGAAAUAGGUUGGAGAGUAGUGGCUGUGGAGGUUGUGGUGGUGAUCUUAUGGAUAGUAAAUGUGGUAUUGAUGAACAUUUCAUUGAAGAGCUAAAGUAUGUGAAUGAAGAAGCAGUCACUGCAUGAAGCAUGUUUCAUGAUUAUGCAUUGUCACUAUUGUAUUGUAUGUAUGAACGUGUGUCUAUGAGCUUCUCAAUUUCGCUUCUCUCUCAUUGAUGUCUUUCUUAGACAGAAAACGUAGAAAAAUAAGCAGGAGAGUUAAAUGUGUAAUAAUCAACUUGGAGGUAAUGAUUCUCAGUUAGUUACCUGUGUGUGUCCUUAUGCCUUUCUGUUUAUGCAUGCUUCUGGAUAUUAAGAUAUUUUCAUGUGGUAUAGAUUCUACUCUUUUUUUUUUA